AUGGAAAUAUGUCCAUUAGGACCAUUCCACGUUUAUGAAAUAGACGUGUUCACAGAGCCAUUCGGUCUGCGAUUCAGGAAGGCCCCAAUCAACUUUCAGAAAUCGGAUAUCCACCAACUAGUAAAGAGACACAUGGGUACAUUAUUCUCCAUUCGAUCUGGCUGUGCAGACUUGGCUUGGGUGUUAAGGAUUGUCUGCCUAGCAGCUUCUAUGAGACAUGCCGAUUCUGCUGUUGGGCAGAGCGAGAAGACCGGCAAGCCGAAAUGUCUGCAGAACCAGCCUCGAGUAGAACCAGGGGCGGCACUCACACGGCGGCGCCCAACAAUGAUCUCAAGUGGUCAGCCACGCACUGUAUCCUUCAGUGGCGGCUAUGCCUCCACGUACAGCACUGAAACAAUAGGCCACAGUCAAGCGAGCACUUCCCCCGGCAAUGUUCGCAAUGGGAGUACAGCCGCCUCUACUGAGAAUCGUAUCAAAGAAGCCCAGGAUACAGCUUAUUCAGGGGACAGGGGGAGGGACCACUACCAAAAAGGCAUUGUGCAGAACCUCUGGUAA